AGCGCUGCACUCCCGUGCAAUCACUCACUGCGCCCCGGGGAAGCCGAACGCCACCGGCGGCACACGGGAGUCGGGAGGUCCCGGCCAAAGCGGAGCACUCUCCUAGCCCAGCCCAGCACCGGGCACAGGCUCGCCCGGAACAGAGCGCUCCUGCUCGCUUGCACCGCCGAGGCCUCCGUUCAGGGCGGGCCGGGGGCCCGACCGGGCGUGGUGGAGCGGGGCGGACUCAGUCCUUGGCACCCCUGGAACGUCCACCCAGGUCCAGGCGAGGCAAGGUGGGGCGGGCCCGAGGGAGGUGGAUUGGGCGGUGCCUGAAGCAUUGCCCGUACCUGUUCCGUCCUUCACCUCUUCCUCCUCGUCGCCCACCUGGGCGCAGCUCGGUCGUCCCCAUCGCGUUCGGUAGCAGCAGCAGCAGCCGCCGCCGCCGCCGCAGCAACAUGUUGCCCAGGGGAGCCUCGUCCAUGCCACCGCCUCCCAACCCUGCUGCCUACUUCCCGCCCCCCCGAGUCACUUUGCCCUCUGGCCUGGAGAUCCUGCGCACCUACUCGGGAGCCGUCAUCUUCCUGGAAAUCCUGUUUGGAACUAUAGUCUGGAUUUUGGUGGCUGCUACACGAAUUCCACUGCCGCUUCUGCAAGGAUGGGUGAUGUUUGUAGCGGUGACUUCGUGGUUCCUGUCCAUUGUAUUCCUGUGCGUGUUCCUCUUUGGAUAUGCAAAUAGGAUUGCUGUCAACUGGAACCAGAUGGACUUUAUUUUCCAUGGGGCUACUUUUGUCUGUUACUUUGGAGCUUUUCUACUGCAAGCAGCAACUACAUCUCUGCAUCACUUUCCUCGCAGAUUCAAUUCUACUACACAAGAGAAGAUUCUGUCCGAUCAUGAAUAUAACAUAAGUAUAGCAGCCUCGAUUUUUGCCUUUGCAACAGCUAUUUGUUAUGGUUGCAGCACAGCCCUGGCAUUAAGGAGAUGGAGACUAUAGCAGUUGAACAGAGGUUGAUGCCUGAGUGUUCCACUUCAGAUCAAAUUAAGUGCUACUCGUCUGUUUUACUGUAAUCUAAUUCCAAAAAGACUUCUUUUGGUUUUUGUGGGGUUUUUUUUGCUUAAAAUCUGUUUUAAAGUGCUGAAAUGCAAAUAACCCCUGAUCAGCAUUUCCUUAACAGAAGAUUCCAUCUCUGUGCUUUCUGAUUUUUACUUUACUGUGUGCUCAUUAGAAGGAUACUCCAUAGAGUACAGGGAUGAACAGAUGUGUCACAGAAUUCUAGUGUUAAAUCAGAAGAGGAAGAAAAUGGAAGCUAAACCAACAUGUUAACAGCAUAGGCAUCUAAAAAGCACCCAUCUAGUCAAGUUGUUGAACCUUAAGUCUUUUGCAGCAUUACAGUGCAUUCCACACAGGUCCAGCUAGACCCUUCAGGCUCCUUGUAGAGUCAUGGGUUUUCUUUGUGCUGCUCCUUGCACAAUCAAAGCCCAAGCUGACGUCAUCAUACCAACUUAGUAUAUAUAUAUUGUUAACUUUGAUGUACAGAGAAAAUAUUUUUAAUAUCCAUCCAGUGAAAUCUUUUGAUACUCUUCUAUAGCCAUAUCCAGCUGUGGUCAUCUGAUUCUUAAAGCUUACUAUUUUCCUUAGGUGGAAACCCUUUGGGACUGUCAGUCAGUAGUUCAUUAGUUUUAGGAAUUUAGCUUGAUCAGAUCUAUUUAUACUGCAAAACAAAAAGUGCAUUUGUAGUGUGUGUGUGUGUGUGUGUGUGUAUACAUGGUGUAUUUUUAACAGGAUUCUUUGCACUGUUUUCACUUUGUUAGAGUACAGCUUUGAUUUUGUUAACUUCAAGUGCUGCAUUUGUUACUUAAGAUGUGAGUCAAUAUCAUUUGAAUGGAAUGUUACCAAAUGGUGAAUAAUGUCUGACCUCAAUUCUUGCAGCCUGUUAUUUGUUGUAUUCUAAGCCUGCAGUGUUGUAAAGGUGUUUGUUAUUUGGACAGAUGCCUAUGCAACGUCUUACUGAAAGCAGUGGAAUGCAAAGUGGUCCACCCACUACAGCAUUUGCUUUUGGCAUGAAUGAAGUUUAAUUGAGCAUCUCCUGAUAUCUCUGUUGAAAAAUGACAUGCAAAAUGAUGUAUAGAAAACCAGUGUAAGAAAACUAAAUGAUAGCAUCGUGCUGUGCUCCCUAGCACUCGUGCUGUUUUGCAGAUGAUGAAAUGGUUUUGUUAAUAAUACUAUUAAAUGAUUUCUGCUCUUGUGAAUAGUGCCAAAUUAAUAACCUGGGAGAAUAAAGGCUCCUUGGCAUGGGAAAGCAGCUUGCUCACCACACCUUGCCAGUGCACCUGAGGAUUCUACAGAGAACAUUGGUGCUUGGGUAAGGGAAGGCAGAACUUCAUUCCCAGUCCUAGUCCUUGAGCCAACAGGGGUGUCUGCUGUGAAAGUUACUUUACCAACCUUGCCAGGUACAAGAAUCCCUGAGACCCAGGCACCAUCAGUAGUGCCCUGCAGUCCCUGCUGACCCAUGCUAGGUUCUUAACGGAUGACACAGCAGUGAGUGAUAGCCCUUCCAACUACUGGAACCUCUCAGUCAUCCUGAAUUGCCACAAUGGAGGUUUUCCUCUACCUUGUUUGCUGAAAUUCUUAUCUUCCAAAGAUUUUUGUACGCUGGCUGAUUAUUUUUUUCUAAUUCUCUAUUUGCAUUGAAACUUAUUUUGUGAAUGUUUUGUCUAGAGCUAUAUAUACCUUUUAAAACUACUUCAUAUUGUAUAAAAUACACUGGAGUACAUGGAUGAAAGUAUAUAACAAAGACUUAUGCUAAGCAGCAUUAAAGUUACUUAAUAUAUUUA